GCGCUGAGGGCCGCUCUAUAACUGGAGCGCAUUCCUUAACACCGCUUACGGUGGAGACUACACAACGAACCCGCGCGGCGAUUCCGGGACUGCCAAACCGGGCACCAGGGCCUGUGGGUAUCCAUCGAGCACUUUGGGUUUACCUUAAAAUCAACCGAAUAAGCAGACAAAACCGAAAAACCAGUCCGUUUCGAGAGCUCAGCAGCGAUGACGGAGUUUCUGGUGAAUCUGCUCGGAGAGUGGCUCGUCAACGGGGAGAAAGCCGAGGUGGAUGUUCACGCGCUGGGCAGCAAGCUGUCUCUGCUCGGGCUCUACUUCGGCUGCAGUUUAAACGGUCCCUGCAAGCAGUUCAACGCGAGUCUGUGCGAGUUUUAUAGCAAGUUUAAAAAAUCCUCGGAGCACAAGGACAAAUUGGAAAUCGUCUUCAUCUCAUCGGAUCAGGACCAGAAACAGUGGCAGGACUUCUUGCAGGAGAUGCAAUGGCCGGCGUUGCCUUUUAAAGACAGACACAAAAAGAUGAAGCUUUGGAACAAGUACAAGGUGACCAGUAUUCCUUCUCUGGUGUUCAUCGAUGCUGCCACGGGGAAGGUGGUGUGUCGGAACGGCCUGCUUGUAGUUAGAGAUGAUCCAAAAGGCCUGGAGUUCCCCUGGGGGCCAAAGCCCUUUGCGGAGGUGGUGGCCGGGCCCUUGCUCAGGAACAACCGACAGACAACAGACAGCAGUGCCCUGGAGGCAUCCUAUGUGGGGGUUUACUUCUCUGCACACUGGUGUCCUCCUUGUCGCAGUCUAACCCGAGUGUUGGUGGAAUCGUACCGGAAAGUGAAAGAAUCAGGGCACAAAUUUGAGAUUGUGUUUGUCAGUGCUGAUCGGUCAGAGGAGUCAUUUACGCGGUAUUUUAGUGAGAUGCCGUGGUUGGCGGUGCCAUACACAGACGAGGCCAGACGGUCACGACUCAACAGACUCUAUGGAAUCCAAGGUAUUCCCACACUGAUUUUACUGGACGCAGAGGGUCACAUGAUCACGCGACAGGGGCGGGUGGAGAUUCUCAAUGACCCCGACUGUCGGCUCUUCCCGUGGCACCCGCGACCCGUUCUGGAGCUCAACGAAUCCAACGCCGUGCAGCUACAUGAAGGGCCCUGCCUGGUUCUGUUCGUAGAUGCUGAGGAAGAGGGAGAGCUGGAGCCGGCCAAGGAGCUCAUCCAGCCAAUCGCAGAGAAGAUCAUGGCCAAAUACAAGGCAAAGGAGGAAGAGACGCCACUGCUCUUUUUUGUUGCUGGAGAGGAUGAUAUGAGCGAUUCCCUGCGGGACUACACCAACCUGCCUGAGGCUGCGCCACUCCUCACUAUCCUGGACAUGUCAGCUCACGCCAAAUACGUUAAAGACGUGGAGGAAAUCACACCUGCCGUGGUAGAACAGUUUGUUAGUGAUUUUCUGGCCGAGAAGCUCAAACCGGAGCCCAUUUGAAGUCCUUGAACUCCCUGCACCCUGUUACCUGAACCUCCAUCUGGCCCUUGACCUCCAGGCGUGCUCUCUCUCCUCUUCCUGUCAGACUGUUCGAACAGAAGCGUACUUGGUAUUGACAUUUUAUUUCUUUUAAUACAUGCCCCUCCAUCUCGAAGCGGCCGCCGCCUCCUGUGGUGCCUUGCAUUUACUACAGCGCUGAUGGUAAAAUGCAGAUUUUAACGUUGGUUGUCUUUUGCCGUUACAUUUUGAGAUUAGAUUGAACCCUGCAGCUGCAAGUGAACACAACUUUGUUCUGAUUUGCUUUUAUUGACAUUUUUAUCAAGUAUUUCCUUCUAUCCUUGGAUAUUGUUUCAAAAAUCAAGAGCUUAGAAUAAAUAUAGCUUGGUAGAUGUAUUAUUAUUAUUUUUCCAGACACUGCACAUUUUACGUGGCCAUAUGUUCUGUACGGCUGUGAUUCUCUACUUAUGGGUGCUGAUAAAUAUGCAUACAUGAACAAGCUGUUGUUAAUAUCCUUGUAUAGAAGGCACUAUCUAUUCUUUGUGUAGCUGCCGCUGUUUAUUUUUAAUGCAGUUGUCUAGUUGAUUCUUUAAAGGUCUUCGCCCACCUUCUUGUUGAUAUUUGAUGUUGUUGAAUGACUAAUCUGUUUCCAUCUCAAACGUGACAUUUAAGUGGAUUUUCUGUGAAGGUACCCUGUAUUAAAGCGGUCUAUGUUUUUUGAAGGCACAAUAAACAGCAUCUAAUUGCAAGCUUCCUUACAAAAUGUAGCCAGUUAAAGCACACAGUCCGUCUGUCUUUGGUUGUUUUAAAUGUCAUAGCCAUUAAAACCCACUGUUUAAAAUGUCUCUGUGUUCUCUUUACAUAGGACUAUGUUUGCAGUUCAUACUCCUCUACUACUCAGUUUCUAUAGUAUGCAUACUGUGUGCGUUAUGCAGAUUUUCUGAUAAUAAUCUCAUAAUA